AUGGAGUCGCCGGAGAACGGCCGGAUACCUCUUGAACAAGCCGAGCAGAUCGUCCUCCGGUGGGACUCCACGGUCUCUGAGGAGGCAAGGGCCCGAAUGAUCUUCGAAAGCGAUCGUCCAGAGAUCGACCAGUACUUGCAGGCUGUCGAUGAAAUCCAACGAUCCAUGGAGUCAACGACCUUGGCCGAUGACGAUGGAGACGACGAAGAGUCAAAGAAAGUCAACACCACCAUCCAGAUUGCCAUGGCUCGUCUCGAGGAUGAGUUCCGUAACAUACUCAUCUCACACGCUACUCCGAUUGAAACCGAAUCACUCACAGAAUCGAUCUCUUCCAAUCAUUUGACUCCCAGAACCAGCAGUUCCUUCAGUGAAUUUCAUGAAAAUGAUGACUACAGCAACAGAGGGGAAGAGGACGGCAGUUCCAGAGACGGAUCUUCUUCGUUUUUGGAACGGGGAGAGAGCAGUACCACAAUCGCGAGCUACAGAUCCAUGAGUAGUAUUCGCGAGAUCGAUCUCAUACCAUCCGAUAGCAUAUACGAUCUCCGUUGCAUCGCUGACCGUAUGAUCGCCGCCGGAUACUUCCGUGAGUGCGUUCAGGUCUACGGCAGCGUACGUAAGUCCGCGGUUGAUGCUAGCUUCAAGAAACUCGGCGUUGAAAAAUUGAGCAUCGGCGAUAUCCAACGCCUCGAAUGGGAGGCCUUGAACGCGAAGAUCGGGAAAUGGAUUCGAGCCGCGAAAGUUUGCAUUAGGGUUUUAUUCGCCAGCGAGAAGAGACUCUGCCAGCAAAUCUUCGAGGAUUUAGGAACAGCAGCCGAUGAUGCGUGUUUCAUGGAAACUGUUAAAGGACCGGCGAUCCAGCUCUUUAAUUUCGCUGAAGCUAUCAGUAUUAGCCGGAGGUCGCCGGAGAAACUGUUCAAGAUCUUGGAUUUACACGACGCCUGUAUGGAUUUGUUGCCUGACAUCGACGCCGUUUUUUUCUCCAAAUCAGCCGAAUCAAUUAGGGUUCAGGCAACGGAGAUACUCUCCAGGCUAGCGGAGGCUGCUAGAGGGAUGCUAUCGGAGUUCGAAAACGCAGUCCUUCGCGAACCUUCUCGAGUUCCAGUCCCCGGAGGGACGAUUCAUCCAUUAACUAGACCUGCAACCGGCUCCAGAUACUCCGACGAUUUAACCACUCCAGACAUGGAUUUCACCGACCACGAAGGUCAAUCGCCAUUAGCACUCCAUCUAAUCUGGAUAAUCGUGAUUCUGCAAUUCAACCUAGAAGGAAAAUCCAAACACUACAAAGACAACUCCUUAGCUUUUCUCUUCAUCAUGAACAAUGUCCAUUACAUCGUUCAAAAGAUCAAAGGUUCACCGGAGCUAAGAGAGAUGAUUGGAGACAGUUAUUUAAAAAAACUCACAGGUAAAUUCCGGCAGGCUGCAACACGAUACCAAAGAGCAACAUGGGUCGGGGUACUGUAUUGCUUAAGGGACGAAGGUCUACACGUGAGUGGAAGCUUCUCAUCUGGCGUUUCAAAGAGUGCAUUACGAGAGAGAUUUAAAUCGUUCAACACCAUGUUUGAAGAAGUACACAGAAUGCAGGCGUUAUGGUUAAUCCCUGACACACAGCUUCGUGAGGAGUUGCAGAUUUCGAUCUCAGAGAAAUUGAUUCCAGCUUACAGAUCGUUUCUUGGAAGAUUCAGGACUCAUAUUGAGAAUGGGAGGCACCCUGAACAGUAUAUAAACAUUCGAGAAGAAGAUCACAGUGAUAUUAAAUCAGAAUCAGAUAAAGGAAAGAAGAAGAAGAAGAUGAAGCCUCCUGAGGAGUCAAGAUCUCCUUCUCUAUGGAGGCUGAAGAAGUUUUGGAAGAAAACCAGUCAACAAGCAAAUAUUAUUUUUCAUUCGAAACUUGGCUUUAUUUUAUUUUGUAAUUUAAUUAGUUUUUUCCUUGUGUAAAUCUAAAUUUUUUGUAGGUGUUAAUUUUGAUCCGUUUGUUUAUAAUGAG